GUCCAGGAUGGCUGCGUCCAUGGCACGGAUCUUGUGGCCUCUUCUGGCUCACCAGGGCCUCCGGUCCCGAGGACGCUGCGUGUGCACCCAGAACCCCAGGAGAAGUUUCGCUACAGAGAAACGAGUUCGGAACCUCCUGUAUGAACAUGCACGUGAGGGCUACAGCGAGCUCCCUAACUUGGACAUGGAGUCGGUGUGCGCAUGCCCAGAAGCGACCGCGCGCGCCCUGGAGCUCCGCAAGGGGGAGCUGCGGCCGGCCGACCUGCCUGCGAUUAUCUCCACGUGGCAGGAGUUGAGGCAGCUGCGGGAGCAGAUCCGGAGCCUGGAGGCAGAGAAGGAGGCUGUGACAGAGGCAGUGCGAGCCCUGCUGGUAGAUCAAGACAGUGGCCAAGUGCAGAAGGACCCCCAAUAUCAGGGUCUGCGGGCCCGCGGCCGGGAAAUCCGGAAACAGCUCACGCCGCUGUACCCCAGAGAGACCGAGCUGGAAGAGCAAUUCUACCUGAAGGCACUGAGGCUGCCCAACCAGACACACCCAGACACGCCUGUUGGGGAUGAGAGCCAGGCUAGAGUGCUCCGUGUAGUGGGAGACAAGCCAGUUUUCUCCUUCCGACCCCGAGGCCACCUGGAAAUUGGCGAGAAACUCGACAUUAUCCGGCAGAAGCGCCUGUCUCACGUGUCUGGCCACCGGUCCUAUUACCUGCGCGGGGCUGGGGCCCUCUUACAGCAUGGCCUGAUCAACUUUACCCUCAGCAAGCUUAUCAGCAGGGGCUUCACCCCCAUGACGGUUCCAGACCUUCUGCGAGGAGCUGUGUUUGAAGGCUGUGGGAUGACACCAAACGCCAACCCAUCCCAAAUUUACAAUAUUGACCCCUCCCGCUUCGAAGAUCUAAACCUGGCUGGGACAGCAGAGGUGGGGCUGGCAGGAUACUUCAUGGACCACUCUGUGGCUUUCAGGGACCUGCCAGUCAGGAUGGUCUGUGCCAGCACCUGCUACCGAGCCGAGACAGACACUGGGAAGGAGCCUAGGGGGCUAUACCGAGUUCAUCACUUCUCUAAAGUGGAGAUGUUUGGCGUGACAGCCCCUGGGCUGGAGCAGAGCUCGCAGCUGCUGGAUGAGUUCCUGUCCCUGCAAGUGGAGAUCUUGACUGAGCUGGGCUUGCACUUCCGGGUGCUGGACAUGCCCACCCAGGAACUGGGCCUUCCCGCUUACCGAAAGUUCGACAUUGAGGCCUGGAUGCCUGGCCGAGGCCGAUACGGAGAGGUCACCAGCGCCUCCAACUGCACGGACUUCCAGAGCCGCCGUCUGUAUAUCAUGUCUGAGACGGAGACCGGGGAGCUGCAGUUCACACACACGGUCAACGCCACAGCUUGCGCUGUCCCCCGAGUCCUCAUUGCCCUUCUGGAGAGCAAUCAGCAAAAGGAUGGUUCCGUCCUUGUACCCGCUGUCCUCCAGCCCUACACAGGCACUGACCGGAUCACAGCGCCCACCCAUGUGCCUCUCCAGUACAUCGGCCCCAACCAGCCCCAGAAGCCCAGUCUCCCCGGCCGGCCUGCAGCCAGCUGACAACUGUCUGCUCUAGAGGUUGGCACUCUAGAGGCCCCAGACAUUUAGAACCU